ACAUGUAUUUUAGUUUUCUUUCCUUUCGCUUCAUUUGUCCUUUCUUUCUCUUCUAUUUUAUUUCCUCCUUUUUAUCUUUAACACUCUCUCUCUCUCUCUCUCUCUCUCUCUAUUCUCCAGUAUAUUUUCAUGUCCAUUCCAUGUGCAUGUCUUUUAAUCAGCUCACUGUAUGAAUCUCAUUAAAAAUCCAUUUGGGUCCUCUUCCUAAAACCCAGAAUACACCUUCCAUUAAAAUGGCAGAAGCAGCUUCUAAGUACCUCUUCUUAUUCUUCUUCUCGUUUCUCAUUCUCUGCUCUUCUGGAACUCAGGUGGGUUUCUCCUAUAAUGCCAGAGGGGACAUUUCAGCUUCAUCACUUAGCAGAACGCUAUCAUUACUUGAGCUGAACAAGGUUUCUGGAUCCCUCAUUCGAGUUUUUGUUGCAGAUCACAGGGUUUUAAGCUCACUUUCCAAUUCUGGUGUGUCUGUUGAUCUUUACUUAAAUGAAAGUCUGGUUGAGAAUUUUGCAAAUUCUAGAUCAUCUGCUAUUUUGUGGCUGAAAACAAAUGUGAUGACCUUUGUGCCUCAAGUUAACAUCAAGAGUGUCAUUGUAAGAAGCAGUAAUGACUUGUCCAAGCUUUUAUCUUCCUUGAAGUUGAUCCAUUCAGUUCUCAGUAGUUCUCAAUUUAAUAGUGAAGUUAAAGUCUCAGUAGCAAUUCCAUCGUCAUUCUUGGAGAAUUUGGAUGCUACACAAGAACAUCACCUGCUUAGGGUUUUGGGAUUUAUCAAGAGAACUAGGUCCUUCAUCAUUGUAGAAGGAAGUAUUGAUAAUGGUGCAGAAUUGAGCAUGGGAGAUCUUGUUCUGAAAUCAAUUAUCCAGAAAGCAAAGCUUUCCACUUCUAUACUUACUUGUAAUGAUGUUAAUGUAGUCAUGACAGUUAAGGGCCUUAUAGAUCCUAGUGGAAGAGACUUGGCUGAAUUUGCAGCCAAGUUCUCAAAAUCACUGCAGAAAACUAAGGUUUCAGGUCAGAUAGCUGAGUUGUAUGCAGAAGUAUCUUCCAUGGAAGAUUUUGUUGAAAAAGAGCUUAAGAGAGAACAUGAACAAAUCUUUCCUUUGUCUCGCCGAGAACUCUUUAAAACUACUUCACACGACAUGAUCAAUCCACCAGUGACGGUUCCUCAGGGCAAUCCCACACCAACAAUUGUUACUGUCCCUGCUACUAAUCCUGUCACUAUCACUCCGGCUAAUCCUGCAUCUACUCCAGUACCAAUCCCUUCCACCACACCUGUUGUGGUUCCCCCUACAAAUCCCUCUGUUAAUCCACCACCGCCAAUCACCAAUCCAGUCACAACACCAGCACCUGUCACAGUUCCUGGGAUGCAACCGAUAACUAAUCCGGUGACAACAUAUCCUACCCCACCAGUAAACGUUCCAGUCACAACUCCAGUCACCAACCCUGUGUCGCCUCCUGUAACAACAAAUGCUCCUGCUAUUCCAGGACAGAGCUGGUGUGUGGCUAAGUCUGGAUCACCGGAAACGGCACUUCAAUCAGCACUGGAUUAUGCAUGUGGAAUGGGAGGUGCUGAUUGUUCACAGAUCCAGCAAGGUGGGAGCUGCUAUAACCCAAACACUCUUCAAAACCAUGCCUCAUAUGCUUUUAACAGCUACUAUCAGAAGAAUCCUGUGGCAACCAGCUGUGAUUUUGGAGGGACAGCCACCAUAGUCAGUGCUAAUCCAAGCACUGGUUCAUGUGUUUUUCCAUUAUCGUCAACAUCAUCGUCAACAUCAACACCGCCAUCAUUGCCAACUCCAACACCAUCAACUUCAAUAACAAAUCCAGCAACAACACCAUCAUCUCCAGGGGCUGGAACGUCAGGAACUGUUACUCCACCAUCAGUGUUAAACUCAAGCAGCCCUGGCUCAGGUACCACAACAGGUUUCGGGUCGGAAACCCCUCCUGGUUUCAGCACUUCCACAUCCAAGUCAGCGUCUUUGCAACCAUCAAUUGGGGGCAUCAUUCUGAUAACAUUCUUCAUUAUCAGAAUAAUUAUUCUGGACAUGUAGAAUGAUGAAUUUCUCAAUGUACAUUCAUUGGUUGGAAAUUCAUGCAUACACAGCAGAUCAGAGUUGCAGAUACUCCCAUCUUUGAAAGAAAAGAAACAGAAGCUGAAAUACACAAGGCUCCUAGAUCCUUCUAAAGAUUAACCAGCUGGUUCAGCUUGCACUGGAUGUAAAGAUGUUUAUUGCUCAAGGUACGAUUAAUUUUCUACCUGAAACUUACUCACAUAUUGAAUGCUAGGCUGCUAUUAUUAGUUAAAGUAAUGAGGUUGGAUAUUAGUAGUACAAGGGCAAUUUUGUUUCUGUAAAUCUUUGAUAAGUAGCAGAGACAUGUGUACUAUCAUGUUUGCUUAAUCCAAUUAAAUGAACUUGCAAUAGAAA